AUGGAAGCUGGCAAAUCUGAGACGCAGCCUAUUGCUGACGAUACCACGGCUUUAAACUCGCAUCCUAUUUACUCUAUGAUGAUGAGAUACGACCCCCCAAUUGAUCAAGACGCCAUUGGCGACUCUGCUAGUGACGCAGCAGAAGAUGUAAAUGCAGCCUUUUUACAUUUAUCUUUCAAGUCAAGCAUCACCGACCACCUUGACAUCAGGUACAACAUUUCGGAAGAUGCUUGUCUCGCUCACCUCAAGCUGCUUCAUGCUAUUCAGUCAAUGAAGGAGGAAGUUGGCUACACCGACGGACUCUGGAAUCUCUGGAAUGACCGCGGCAAAUGGGCUCUAGAUGACUUACGGGCCGACGCCGACUGGCCAGCGAUACGCAUGCUUGAAAAGUCCAAUGCUCAAACCGUGACACAAGUCGGUCAAAGCAGGAUUCGCGAGAAGAGAUGGGCGCUUUUUGUCGCCCGCGCAGUGGACCGAUACGAGGCGUGGUGGAGGUCUCUGGUGGAAAAUGACAUGCUGACCGAAGAAGAUAUGGCGGACCCUGAUAGCUACAAGUUCAAGAAAUUUCCAACUUCUCGAAGACUAGUAUGGGAAGAGAGGAUGCUACCGCCCUUAGACGUGUUGAUGAUUCUUCAUACUCACAUGCUUAACCCUCGUUCUUUCCUUGAGGAUGCAAUUCGAUACGGCCUGGGCAUAUUUUGGGCCUCUGGUAUGCCGUGGAAGUUGAUUCACCAAGCAAUUGAUGCAGAUUUCAACUAUAAUGUGUCUCAAAAAGCAAAGAAAUAUUGGUCAGCUCAAACUAGCCGUCGUUGGCGGAACCGCAAAGAUCCCAUGACGAGGGUAGUCCAAUGCCCAUUUUGUCAAACGGACAAUGAAGUUCCAUGGACGACCUGUGGAGCCAGCAGAGAAGCAAACCAUGAAGAAUUUAACGGUCUAAUUGGUAGCGGCUUUGGCGAUGGCAAGUUCAGCCACAAAUGCUCGUCUUGCGGGCAUGAGAACUACAAAGAGCUCCUAUCGCUGUCAAAAUUUGUUGCAGAUGCUUCUGCUCUUUUAGAAAAAUCCACACCGAUGCCGGGAACGAUACUUGACCCCAAGUCUGGCUGCCCCGAGCUCGUAACGAAGAAUAAAUGGGGUCUCAGACUUCCAAGAACGUUCCCAAAUCGCAUGAUAAAAAUAGAGCUUCGAGACAAGAUUCUGGAACUGAUCAAACCGCCAGCUGAUGAAAAUGGGAAUAUCACAAAGGAGAAGCCCAAGAGUAAGCGCAAAAGUAAAAGCAAAGAUACGAAUAAAGAUAAAGACAAAGACGCAAGCAAGACACCUGUUCAGUUAAGCAUGGUCGCGGUGAGGAAUAUGAUCCAAGAGACUUUGUCUGACUAUAAAAAGAUUCGAAACAUAGACUCCGAUAAGGGACCUUUUGGUCGCUAUCAAAUACACACCUGGGCUGGAAUCUCCAUCCGCAAAAUGAUGAGCCGAUACUGGCAAAAUUUCUCUCCAUUCGCGCUUGACCUUUGCGCUGCUGUUAUGCGUCAAGGGGUCUUUAUUGAAAAAAUGGUCAAGAUUGACUGGCUUCACAGUCCCAACGCAAGAGACACCAUGUCGCGACUUAUUACGAAAUACGAAAGAUUCAUACAGAUCAUGUGGAAACAUCCUACGAAGAUGGUCGUGCCGACGCUGGACGUGGAUUUGGCUUGGCAUACGCACCAGCUGAGGCCUUCGCAUUAUUACUAUUACACAGUCUCAAAAACUGGAAAAUUUAUCGAUCAUGAUGAUAAGAUUGACGAAGACAAGCUCAGCAGGUGCUUUGAAUGGACGACGAAGACAUAUCAAAACAUGUUUGGAGAGGUAUACAGCGAGUGUACAUGCUGGUAUUGCGAAACAAUUCGUUCCUCACAGAUAUCAGGACUCGGCAAGGUGCUCGGCAUCUCAACCAACGACAAACUUUCCGACACGUUUCAUGCCUCCGGCGAAGCUGAAACGCAUACGUCAGACACUUCGGCUCACAUUUCUUUCCACAAUGCUGUGAAGACGAAAGAGACAAAAGAUCGAAAGAAGGUUACAGCGAGAGUGCGCGCACGCCAGCGCCAAUGGCUCGACCAAGAGUACAAAAAGGCGACAAAGAGGGCAGAAAAGAAAGGUCGAACGCUGCCUCCUAAAGAAGAUUAUUUCAGUCGAUGGGGUACCAACUAUACUGUGCACGGGCCCUACCCUUUUCCUCCAUCGUUUGCACCUGGGAUAUACUACGGGUGGGAUCCAUCCGUAGUCCCUAAUGGCGCAGCAGCGUGGGCGAAUUGUGCCGCCUAUACGUGCGGCAAUGGGAGCAUAGCUGCUGGUUCUUGCGGAGGCCCUGGAGGAUGCAUCAAUGGCAAUGGAGGGACUUGCGGAGCCAGCGGUGCUGGAUGUGGUGGAGGGGUUGUGGGAGGAGCUGGAGGGGGAGGAGGCACUGGAGGAUGCGGAGGGGGCUGUGGUGGUAGCUGA